UGUCAGCGUUACUUAAGCUAGUGGUUGUUACGUAGCGCUUGUAGUCGCAUCUUCUUUUUGUAGAAGUUAUAAAACGUCUGUCUGUGACGGAUAAAUAAAUACUGCUCUGUCAUUUGAGUUUUUGGACAAUUUCUGCAACUCAGCUGCAGACUGUUUUGAGUCGAGAUGCUUAAAGCCAUCGGACAAACUCUGUUUUCUUCUGGACUACAGCACCCAAAGUUCACUCCCCAAGAAAGUAAGGGUGACUAUGAGGUCCGUACUUACCAUGCAACAAACUGGGUGAGCACAGCUGUCCCUGGCAUGGAGCAGGACACGGCCUUGAGCACAGGCUUUAGAAGACUCUUUAAAUACAUCCAGGGAACCAAUGAAAAGAAGAGUAAGGUGGAGAUGACUGCACCAGUUAGCUGUAUGAUUGACCCUGGGGCAGGACCUGCCUGUGAAAGCACCUUCACAGUGUCCUUCUACAUUCCUGAAGAACAUCAGGCUGACCCACCCAAACCCUCAGAUUCAGAGGUUUUCAUUGAGAACAGAAAAGAGCUCACAGUGUUUGUGAGGACAUAUGGGGGCUAUGCUAAUAGUGAAAACAGUCAAGAGGAGAUUCUGAAACUAAUGGAGAGCCUCAAGAAGGAUGGGAUGAAAUUCAAGGAGUCCCCAUACUACAGGGCUGGGUAUGACAGCCCCUUCAAACUGACCAACCGCAGGAAUGAGGUCUGGCUAAUCAAAGAUGAGGAAUAAAAAGCAUAAGAGAAAAGAAAUGGUCAUUCCACACAGUGUCUGAAGUAAGGAAAAGGAGGUCAAUUUUUGCUUAACAUCAUAGUGUAGAUACUUUUUUGUUUACUGUGUACCACAAGUGCCUGAAAUUUUGCUAUGUAAAUUUAACACUGAUGGUAUAUCCUAUUAAUAUAAUUUACAGCAAAAUUAACACUUUGUGUUACCUGCAAUUUACCAUAAAAUGAAAAUUUGAUGAGCAUGUUGAAAUAAUUUCUAAUAUAAUAAUAAUAUAAUAAUAAUAUAUUUUUAAUUCUCAAAGUCUUAUCACCUGUUAAUCUGUAAAAGUACAUCUGUGCCUACAUCACAGCAGGAUGGAUCUUGAGGUCUUUGAUUCUCAUAUUUGACAAUAAUGAUCCCAAGGAGGCUCAAGCGCUGUGUAGCAUUACUGAAUCACUAACUUUUUAUUUAUGUGAAACAUCGGUGUAUAAUGUCAUCUGUUUUUGUCUUUUUACUACACUAAAUAUUGAAUAAUAAAAAUAAAGGGAACGAUAACAGUGUGUUAAACUGAUACUGGCCUUUAUGUACUUUGGUACGUGGCCAUGAUUUGACUUAAAUAGAAUAUGUACACCAUUUUAAUAAAAGUCUCAUUUAGUAGACUGUAUAUGUACUCUGCUGAAUAAUGAUAUCCCCCCCAAAACUGAUGAAUAAAGCAUUUUACUUG